AUGAAUUUCAAUCCCAUGCCCUUCUCUCUGUCCCCCCUCAGCACGGUGGAGAUGGAGCAUGAGGUGGCCUGCCUAGACAUCACGCCCCUGGGGGAGGGCGGAGAGUCGCCCCUCUGCGCCGUGGGCCUGUGGACGGACAUAUCGGCCCGGGUCCUCAAGCUGCCCUGCUUCACCGCCCUGCACAAGGAGAUGCUCGGAGGAGAAAUUAUCCCUCGCUCCAUCCUGAUGACGACGUUCGAGGCCAGCUACUACCUGCUGUGUGCCCUGGGAGACGGAGCGCUCUUCUACUUCGGCCUGGAUCUGACCUCAGGCGUGCUGAGCGAGCGUAAGAAGGUGACUCUGGGCACCCAGCCCACGGUGCUGAGGACCUUCCGCUCCCUGUCCACCUCCAACGUGUUUGCCUGCUCCGACCGGCCCACCGUCAUCUACUCCUCCAACCACAAGCUGGUCUUCUCCAAUGUCAACCUCAAGGAGGUCAACUACAUGUGUCCGCUCAACUCCGAGGGCUACCCCGACAGUCUGGCUYUGGCCAACAACAGCACUCUCACCAUCGGGACCAUYGACGAGAUCCAGAAGCUCCACAUUCGCACGGUUCCCCUCUACGAGUCUCCCAGGAGGAUCUGUUACCAGGAAGUGUCUCAGUGUUUUGGGGUGCUGUCCAGCCGCGUGGAGAUGCAGGACGCCAGCGGGACCACGGCAGCAGUGCGCCCCAGCGCUAGCACUCAGGCUCUGUCUAGCAGUGUGAGCUCCAGUAAGCUGUUCCCCAGCAGCACCUCCCCACACGAGACCUCCUUCGGGGAGGAGGUGGAGGUGCACAGCCUCCUGGUGGUCGACCAACACACCUUCGAAGUGCUCCACGCCCACCAGUUCCUCCAGAGUGAGUACGCCCUCAGCAUGGUGUCCUGYCGCCUGGGCAGGGACCUCUCGGUCUACUUUAUCGUUGGCACUGCAAUGGUCUACCCAGAGGAGGCCGAGCCCAAGCAAGGUCGCAUCAUCGUCUUCCACUACACUGACGGUAAGCUGCAGACGGUUGCAGAGAAGGAGGUGAAGGGAGCCGUCUACUCCAUGGUGGAGUUCAAUGGCAAACUGCUGGCCAGCAUCAACAGCACAGUGAGCAUUUCACUUUUGAUGGUUUGAAAGUAGGAUGUUUUU